CCUGUACCUUAAAUUAAUCCGUCCAUAAUCCAUCCACGAUGCCUCCAGCAUACAAACGUCUCAACAAAGACGACUGCGUCUUCCUAUUCGUUGACCACCAGACCGGCCUCAUCCAGCUAGUCCACGAUUUCGAACCCCAUGAAUUCAAAACCAAUGUUUCAGGGCUUGUCAAGGUGGCCGACUAUUUCAAGGUCCCAUCGAUUCUUACCAGCUCGUUCGAGACAGGCCCGAACGGUCCGCUUGUCAAGGAGCUUCACGACGGGCUUCCUAACGCGACUGUGAUUCCACGCCCGGGCCAAAUCAAUGCCAUGGAUAACGAGGACUUCGCGCAGGCUGUGAAGAAGACGGGCAAGAACCAGGUUGUCAUUAGUGGUGUCUUGACAGAAAUCUGUGUUGCUUUCCCUGCUCUUAGCUUGAUUGAGCAAGGAUACGACGUCUUCGUCGUUACCGAUGCCUCGGGUACAUUUGCGGAACAUACGAGGGAGGCGGCCCAUAAACGGAUGGCCCAGGCGGGCUGCCAGUUGCUUAAUUGGGCGGCUGUUGCUGCGGAGCUUCAUAGGGAUUGGCGCAACGAUGUUGCGGGCUUCGGUGGGAUUUGGCGCGACCAUGUCCCUGGGUAUUGGUGCUUGAUGCAAAGCUAUGAAUCUGUGGGCAAGAAUGCAAAUUAGUAGAUAGCCUCGUUUGAACUGCUGCUGGCAGCCCGUGCACCUGAUCUCUGACAUUAGGAACAAAUGUUAUUACCUAUCAUUUUGAGGGCUCAGUCAUGUUAAA